UCAGACUAAUAAUUCCAAACAAAAUGGCAUCAUCAUUCUUUGUAUCACCACCAUUUCUCUCUCACCCUACUACUAAAUCAAGAACCAAUCACUUCUCAUCUUCUUCGCAAACUCCAACUCCACAACAGCCAUCUAACAAUAAUCUACCCCAACAACCGCAAAACCCGGCCCCGGCUCAACCGCUCAGUGCAAACUCAGCAGAGCCGCCGCAACCACCACUAGCCACCACUAGAGCGGCGGCGGAGCAAAGGCCGAGUAAGGCUGCAGCCACCAAAACAACAGCAGAGUCUACUGAUUGGAUUGCUUCAAACUUAACUAGGCGGUUCGGCAUCGGCGCUGGUCUGGCAUGGGUUGGUUUUCUUGCUUUCGGAGUUGUCUCUGAACAAAUCAAGACUCGGUUAGAAGUUUCACAACAAGAAGCAAACACAAGAGAUGUUGAGAAGGAAGAAGAGGUAGUCUUGCCUAAUGGCAUAAGGUAUUACGAGCUUAGAGUUGGCGGCGGGGCGUCACCGAGGGCGGGAGACUUGGUGGUGAUUAAUGUGAAGGGAAGCGUGUUAGGAAGCGGAGAAGUGUUUGUCGACACAUUUAGCGGUGAGAAGAGAGCGUUGGCUCUCGUAAUGGGUUCGAGGCCGUAUAGUAAAGGAAUAUGUGAAGGUGUAGAGUAUGUUAUGAGAAAUAUGAAAGCCGGUGGUAUAAGGAGAGUUAUAAUUCCACCAAAUCAUGGGUUUGGUGAAGAAGGUGCUGAUUUGGGUGAAGGUGUGCAGAUUCCACCUUUUGCCACACUUGAAUAUGUAGUUGAGGUUGAUAGGGUUUCAAUUGCACCAGCUUGAUGUAUAUAUACUUCUUUAAGCCAUCCUCUUAAGAUAUAUUUAUGCAUUUUUUAUAUGAACAUUUGAAUUAGAUGGAUAUAUUUUAUUUUAUAAUUAAA